AUGCGCGUGCUACGCUACGGCUCUGUGAUACUCGUUGCGCGCGCUGCAUCAGCCGCUAAUGUUCUCGACUCACUCGGAGACUUGUUCCCGUCCUCCACGUUUCAGGCUGUCUUGAACACCUGGAACUUCUUUGCUGGGAACGUUUCUGACCAUGCUCCACCGAAUCUGAGCGCUUGCCGUCUCAUUGCUGGAAGGAUUUCUGAUGCAUCCGCCGUUUUCUACCCUGACGCUGUCGCAUAUGAAACGGACAUGGUGCAUGCAUUCGGCAGCAGCGCACAGAACGCGACAUGCAGUGUACAACCCGCCAAUGCUCAAGACGUCGCUGAAGUCGUGAACGUUCUUUCGGAGAUGCGCGUUCCUUGGGCGAUCAAAUCUGGCGGACACGCUUCAAAUCCAGGCUGGAGCUCAACCCCGGGUGUACAAAUCACUCUGUCGCGCAUCAACGCGACGACCUUCGAUGCGGCUACACGGGUCGCCACCGUCGGUGCCGGGGCACGCUGGGAGACGGUCUAUGCGGCGUUGGACCCUUAUAACGCGUCCGUUGCGGGCGGUCGCGUGUCCGGUGUGGGCGUGGGCGGGUUCGUGCUCGGCGGUGGUUACUCGUGGUUCACCAACCAGGUUGGUCUCACAAUUGACACCGUUGUCGAGUUCGAGCUAGUCACGCUGGCGGGCGACAUAUUGACGGUCAAUAAUGAAACGUAUCCGGACCUGUUCUUUGGGUUGAAGGGCGGAGGAAACAACUUUGGUGUCGUGACACAAAUCAAGAUGAAGACUCACCAACAGGGUCCAGUAUAUGGAGGAAUGGUGAUCGUCGAUGCCAAGGCCAUGGCGCAAGCACACAAAGAAGUUUCGAAGUUCCAAGACUCGACCACCGAUCCGCGUGCUGCAAUGGCGGUGAUCUAUGGAUUCAAUCAUGCACUUGGCGGACUUUUUGGGUCGUUCUUCCUCUUCUACGAUGGCCCAACCCCACCGGAAGGACUGUUCGACGGGCUGCUUUCCCUUCCGGCUGUAUCCAAAGAUAUCCACGUCCGAUCAAUGAGCACGCUGAUAGGAGGACUGUCAGGCCCCGCAUACUCCCCUCGCGGGGCGUACCGUGCUCUUGCCGUCAAGAACUACACAGUACCUAUGCUGGAGCACAUAGCCGGCGAACUCACGGUCCACGCUUCAGAACUCUUCGCGCACACGGGAACACAGUUCAUGAUCGCCAUCGAGCCGAUGCUUGACUCGAUCUUCUCCCACCAUGCCGGACAACCCACGGCCCUCAUUCACGACGACGGCGACUUCUUCGCGCCAACGGUGUUGCUCGCCACGUGGGAUAAUGCCGCGGAAGACAAGCGCAUGCUCGAUAUCCUCAAGGCAAUUGACGAUUCGAUCGUUGAAUUCGGCGUCAAGGCCGGGCAGAAGAUCGGGCCAGGGGAUGCGAUCCUGUACCCGAACUACGCGUCGAUUGACACGCACGUCGAAAACUUCUUCGGCCGAAACCUUCCGGAACUGAGGAGGAUUCAAGAGAAGUACGAUCCUCAUGGAUUGACCAAGUUGACCGGAGGAUGGAAGUUCGCUUGA